GCGGGAGGAAGAGGAGGGAGGGAAGGAGGAAGAGGAGCGGGAGAAUCCCGCCGCUCGUACCGCCCGCACGCUGAGUGUGCAGCACCCCCUGCCCCGGGAGCAUCGCCCCCAGCCCCGAGCCGCAGGCUGCCUCCGAGAGCGAAGGGGAGAAGGAAGAAGCAGCAGUUUGUUUUCAGAAACUACACUCACUCCUCCACAUUCCAUCUCCUGGAUUGUUCUGCUGCCUUAAGGAGCUGGAACAGAGGCCAGACGGAGCUAAGAGGAAUAAAGUGAAUUUUUAUUCAAUUGCCUUCAAAGGCCACACUCUGGCAGUACCGGAGCCAUAGUGGUGUCUCUGCCCGGAUGGCUCCAAGACGGGAGCAUAAGAGGGCUCGGUCACAAGAUCUCAUAUUUUUAUAAGUUUUAGUCCAUUUGUAUAUAGGAGUUAACUGCCCAAUCAAUAGCUUCAAAUUAUGAAGUUUCAUCCUCCUUCCUUGCUUGCCCACCCUCCUCUUUUCAUGUUGUUUGCGCUUUGGGCCUGAAGUUUGAAGAGAUUGUCCUUGAGUCUCCAGCUAGAAUGGGAUUGUUUUGUCUUCACCACCCCGGGAAAAGAUCCCAGUAAUACUUAAUAUAAAGCUAAAAGCUGCACACCAAAACAGAACAGAAAAACUUAAAAUCUAAGGUAUCAGUUGUCUAUAAAUGGACAGACAGCAGGACAGAGCUCUCCUUUGCUUUUAGUUAGUUUUUAGCUUCCUGAGGCAGAGAAGUUCCCUGGACUGUGUUUUUUCUUUUUCUUUGGAGCUCUUUAAACCUGCUCUGGACUGAACACCCAGAACACCACUGGCAGCUCGCACCUGUGGUCCACCGGGCCGGUUCUGGGCCACGGCAUUUCCAGUGCCAGAGGGACUGAAAAGAGACUGAUCAGAGACUGAUCAGAGACUGAGUGAGCCGAGUUACAGCCCACGGAGGGACUUUCUGAGUUUGUCAUCUCUUUUGGAGUGGCAGAGGAUUUCCCAUUCCCAAACCUUGGCUGAAUGAAGGAGGAGAAGGCUAUGAGGAAGAGGAAGAUGCCCCAGGACACCCAGGCAGGGAAGGAACUGAGGAUGGAGACCAGGGAGGACCAAUGCCCGGGGCAGAACCUCAUGGAAGAGCCCAUUUUGGGCAGCUUCGCAGUGCAGGAAUCCAAUGGGGAGGAAAAGCCCCAGAGGUCCCAGAGGAGAAGGGACACCAAUCCCAGCCCAGGUUGCUCUGAGGGGGAAAUACCAGUCCUGGGCCAGGAAGGUGGACAGAGCUUCAGCCAGAGCUCAGAGCUGGUGGCCCAUGAGCAGCUUCAUGAGAGCAAGAGGCCCUUUGAGUGCUUGGAGUGUGGGAAGAGCUUCAGGAAGAGAUUCAACCUGAUCUGCCACCGGAGGAUCCACACUGGGGAAAGGCCCUAUGAGUGCUUGGAAUGUGGGAUGAGCUUCAGCCACAGGUCUGACCUGGGUGUCCACCAGAGGUUCCACACCGGGGAGAGGCCCUACGAGUGCCCUGAGUGUCAGAAGAGGUUUCACACCAGGUCCCACCUCCUUGUACAUGAGCGGAUUCACACAGAUGAGAGGCCCUUCCGCUGCCCUGACUGCGGGAUGGGCUUCAAACACAACUCCACCCUCGUCACCCACCGGCGCAUCCACUCUGGGGAGAGGCCCUACGAGUGUCCCCAGUGUGGGAAGAGCUUCUCAGACCGCUCGUUCUUUACCCGACACCAACGGAGGCACUGGUAAGGGAAGCCCUGCAAGAGCCCCGAGUGCGGGAAGAGCUUCGUGCACUGCUCCAACUCCAUCCCCAUCAGAGGUCCCACAUUAGUUAGAGCCCUGGUGAUCCACAUUCCCUUUGAUACGCAGUGGGAAGUGGUUGAUGUUCCUUUUUCUUUGCCUCUCAUUAUCUUUUGAUUUAUCUCUCUCCCUUCAAAACAUAGAAAAUUGGGGUAAAAGUCAACAAAUUCAA